ACCGUGUAGAUGCGGAAGCCGCGAUGCGGGAGUCGGUGUGCUGGUUGUGUUGGGUGGUCACCGGGCUGGUGGUGGUCUCGAUCAAGGCGGCCACGGCACCUUCGCGCCGGUACACCGCCGACUGGGGGAGCCUGGACUCCCGGCCGCUGCCGAGCUGGUACGACGACGCCAAGUUCGGGGUGUUCGUGCACUGGGGCGUGUUCUCGGUGCCGGCGUGGGGCAGCGAGUGGUUCUGGUGGCACUGGCAGGGCGAGGCGAUACCCAGCUACCGCGACUUCAUGCGCCAGCACUACCCGCCCGGCUUCACCUACGCCGACUUCGGGCCGCAGUUCACCGCGCGCUUCUUCCACCCGGAGCAGUGGGCUGACCUGUUCGAGGCUUCGGGGGCCAAGUAUGUGGUCCUGACAGCAAAGCAUCAUGAAGGCUUCACAAACUGGCCAAGUCCCACAUCUUGGAACUGGAACUCAAAGGAUGUGGGUGCCCAUCGUGAUUUGGUUGGUGAGUUAGGAGCAGCUCUCCGGGAGAGGAACAUCCGCUAUGGCCUCUAUCAUUCACUCAUGGAGUGGUUUCAUCCGUUGUACCUCAUUGAUAAGAAAAACGAUCUCAAAACCCAGCACUUUGUCAACACAAAGGCAAUGCCAGAGCUGUACCACCUUGUGAACAGUUACAAGCCCGAUCUGAUCUGGUCUGAUGGGGACUGGGAAUGCCCUGCCACUUACUGGAACUCCACAAGUUUUCUUGCCUGGCUCUACAAUGACAGUCCUGUCAAGGACAAGGUGGUGGUGAAUGACCGAUGGGGUCAGGGCUGCUCCUGCCACCACGGCGGAUACUUCAACUGUCAGGAUAAGUACAAGCCCAAGAAGUUGCCAGAUCACAAGUGGGAAAUGUGCACGAGUAUCGACAAAAAAUCCUGGGGCUACCGGUGUGACAUACUCCUGUCUGACAUCUUACCCGCCUAUGAGAUCAUUUCGGAACUGAUUAAGACAGUGAGCUUGGGAGGCAACUAUCUGCUCAACAUUGGACCCACUCGUGAAGGACUGAUUGACCCUAUCUUCCAAGAAAGGCUGCUAACCAUUGGCAAAUGGCUGAAUGUCAGCGGCGAGGCCAUCUACUCCACCAGACCGUGGAGGGUGCAAGAGGAGAAUUCUGUGUGGUAUACCUCCAAAGGAUCAACAGUUUAUGCCAUUUUUAUGCAUUGGCCAGAACAUGGAGUCUUGAAGAUUAAAUCCCCCAAAACUACCAUAAUGACAAAGAUAACCAUGCUGGGAAUGCAUGGAGUUCUGAGAUGGUCCAAAGAUUCCACGGACAGGAUCCUGAUCUCUCUACCCUCGUUGCCCCCCUCGAGUCUCCCAGUGAAGUUUGCUUGGACUGUGAAGCUGACCAACGUGAAGUGAUGGUUGGAGUGCCAGGCCGGGCCAGGGGGCCCUGACGACUGGGCGCUGCUUUGACUUUCUCUUGUAGUGCCAUCGUUGAAUAAAGUAAACUUCUCUUCCCCACCCACAGGGGGAUCUUCCCACACAUCAAAGAAAUGGAAUAUAGUAUACUGAUCAUUAAAGUAUGGAAGAUCUGCGAUCUGGGCGUGGAGGCGUGGCCCAGGUGGUGGAGCAUUCACCCUGGGUUAAAUCCCAGCCUCAAAGAGAAAUAAUAAAUGAAUAAAUAAAAAG